UGCUUCUUCUGCUUUGGACGUUUCUGGAAAGGACGAGGCGCGGGGUUCCUAAAGUCAAGCCCUUUCGGCCAACUCUUGAAGGAGAAGGAGACCCAUAAUCUCGUCUGCUUCUUCUUUCUGGUUGCUUCUGAGACUUCAAUCCCUUGGUUUGGGGUAGAGUGCUGCCACAGGCUUUUCCUCUCGGACAUAUAAGAUGCCCUUCUGGUCAUCAUUUUACCAAAAUGCAGUUGUUGAGUUGGUUUUUAAAUACAAAUGGACGCCAAGAGAUUCCUCCAGCUUGUGGAGGAGAAGAAGAAGAGAAUUAUGGACAGAAAGGAGGCUCCUUUGAAAUGGGAGCAGAAACUGGAAUCUGCUGCUAAGGCCAAGGCUGAUGCUGAAGCUAAAGAGAGGAAGUUGAAGGCUGCUAAACAUAGAAAACGAUCUGGCUCUGAUAGUGAGUCGGAUUAUGACAGUGAUGGUGAGUAUAAGAAGUCCAGUAGAAGAGCUCACAGGAAGCAUAGGAAGCAUACUCACUCUGACUUGGGUGACCAUGAUAAAAGGAAAGGGAAGAAAUCCAAGAGAAAGACGAAGAAACGGUCCUCAGAAUCUAGUGACAGCAGUGAUGAGUAUGAUAGUAUCUCUGAGGAAGAGAGGAGAAGGAAGAAGAAGCAAAGCAAGAAGCACAGAGAUAGAGGUUCAAGAUCAGAUUCCAGUGAUUUAGACACUAGUGCUGAUGAGGUAAGCAAGAGGAAAAAGCACUCAAGAGAACACAAAUGCCGAGCUGUAUCACGAUCAAGUGACUCAGACUUCUCUAGUGAUGAAGAGGGUCGGGCUUCUAGAAAGAGUCAUAAAAAGCAUCAUAAACGCCACCGAAGAUCUGAAUCUAGUGAAUCGGACUUGUCAAAUGAUGAAAAUGAUACUGCUUAUCACAAGAAAAGCCGAAGGAGACACCAUAAACAUCACAGAAGAUCACAGAGUUUGGAUAUGAGGUCAUCGGAUUCUGAUGAUAAUGGACAUGGCCGAAGAAGCCAAUCUAUAGGGAAGUCAUCAGAUGAGAACAAUGAAGAUUAUAGGGGAUUAGUGACUAAGAGGCAUGGCCACAACCACCACCACCACCACCAGCACAGGCAUCGACACCACUUGAAUGGGGAGAAAAAUGGAAAUCAUUCUCCUUGCCAUCACUUGCCAGAGAUGAAUGGAAAGCAUGACGAAUUAAGCAAAGAUGUGAUUAUGAGAUCUGAUGGAGAUCAUGCGGAUACAGCCGUGGAUGAGAACAAUGAGGGUGAUCAUGGCAGUGAACUUGUUUGAGUAGCUAUGAUGAACGAUUUGUUGCCUAUGCUUCAUUAUUAUUUGAAGUGACCAUCUGGGGUUUGUUCUGAAACUUGCUGAAACCAGUUUAAUUUUAAUUAUUGUCUUGUUAUCAUCUGCAUUAUUGACAAUUUGAAUUUAGAGUUCCUGGUUCCUAAUCGGACUGUUCUGUUGACAGUGUUGCCUGUUGCGAUGCUGUUAUUUUGACUGUUGGAAGCCUGAAUAAUAUUAGGUAUUCUCAUUCA